AUGCCCACCAUUCCACCGCCACCGAUACGCGAUCUGGACGGUUUGCUAGCGCCCGUUCUGCCCGAUGGAACCCGUGUGCUCGGUUACGAGUCGGAGUUUCUUACCGCACCGGGAGACAACUAUGGCAGCACGAUGUUGGCCGUUACGGUGCGAACGACACGUACCGCUUCACCUGCGGCAGAAGUCAUCGAGCAGAAGGAUAACACCGAUAGGGAUCAGGAUCAGCCUCCGGUUGAGAUACUUCAUCUCGUAGCUAAGAUGCGCCCAAGCAGCGAGGAGUUUCUGGAGAUUUUUCAAAUCGAUACAACCUUCGUGAAGGAGGCUGCCGUGUAUCUGAAGAUCGUGCCUACCCUGUUGGCACUGCAGCGUGAGCAAGGCUACGAUGGAGACGAUGAGCUAAUCGAUGUGUUUUGUCGCUGCUACAACGCUCGCGUAUCGCUCGACCCAUCGGUGGAAAAGGUGGACCAGGACGGUGUGAUGUUGUUCGAGAACUUAAAGCACGCCGGAUACGUCACUGCAGACCGCCGGCAGGGGUUCAAUCGUGAACAGGCACGAUACGUACUGCAGAAAUUGGCCCUCUUUCAUGCGAUCCCGAUAGCGUUGCGCUACCUGAAACCGGAAGUGUUCGAGGCGGGCAUCCAUAAGUACCUCGUUAAGAUUGAUAUCGAUGCGGGACUGAGCCCGGAGACGCUGCGUCAGAUGAUGGAUGUAUUUCGGCAGGAUAUCGUGCGAACAGGUGUGGAGCGAGGGUUGGCCGAGCGAGCUCAUGCCAAGAUAAACGAGUGCCAUCGACGCCAGGCGCAGCUGAUUUCGGACCAGCUGACCGCUUACUGUACGAUGCUGCACAACGACCUGUGGGUGAACAACAUGAUGAUCAAAUAUGACUCGACCGGGAAGACACCGUGCAGCUUGAAGUUUGUCGACUUCCAGCUGAUUCAAAUGGACUCACUCGUACGGGACGUUAUUUUCUUCAUCAUCACCAGCGUCAACGAUCCGGAGCUGGAAACGCAGCUGGACGGCUACUUCGAGUAUUACUUCCAGCAGCUGGCCGCAAACAUGGUCCGGCUGCAGUUUCCCAACCCGGAGGACUUUACGUUCGAAAGCUUUCGGGAGGAGAUCGAUCGGGUGGCACCGUUCGAGCUGUAUCACAUCGUAUCGAUGCUACGCGUUGUGUUGGCGCGCAAAGAAUCGAUCCCGGACCAAAGCGAACAGGAUGCGGCACUGUUUUUCAACGAUAAUCUGGUAGAGGAGGAUUACUACCGGCGGCUGGAGGUGACACUUAGAAUCUACGAUCAGCGAGGUUGGAUUUAG